AUGAAGUUUCGUGCCAAGAUCACCAUGGGCUUUAUAGAGCUCCUCAUCCAGCUCAGCGGCACCAUAGCGAAGCUGGCAAAGGUCUGGCUCCGCGUGUGCCCAGACAAGCUGUGCUUCAGCUCCGCAGGCGCCACGCCCAUCCGCCAGACUUGGCUGUGGUGUGAGGUGUGGCUGGGAGCCCUUUUCCGCCAGUUUCACAUGGAAGGUGUUUCGAAAGAACUCAGUGAGAUUUAUCUGCAGCUGACUUAAGAGCAUUUGUUCAGAGCAGUGAGUAACGCGCGGAACUCUGCCUCCCUGAAACUCCGGCUGACUAACAAGCCCCCCCGCCUCGCGGUGGCGGUGUAGCUGGCGUCCUGCACAGGUCACACUCGUGUAGUGGUCCACGAUCUGCCUGUGAGGGUACUUCCCAGAAUAUUGUGGAAAGAUGGUCUGAAGCCCCGUGUCCGAGCCUGGGAUGUAAGCGUUUAUCUGCCAGCUGUGAAAACCCUAAGGAGCAUUGUGGAAAAGAUGGCAAACAUGGGUGAUUACAUGCUGGUGGAAGCAAAUCGAAAUGGUCAAAUGAACUUGAGUAUAGAAACUGAUAUUGUGUUUAUUAAAAGUUAUUUUAAAAAUCUUGGAAAUCCUCCAGAGUCUACUCUGGAUAUACCUGAAAACCGAGACCAGGAAAGGAUGGUACAAGUGUGGGUAGACAAAAGGAAGCUUCUGCAGUUUUUUGAGGGACUGCAGAUAAAUCCCACAAUGGCAGUAUGCAAUAUUUUGAGCAACACUCGUCUUCAUCUUGUUUUGGUUCAUGAAGAUGUCUCCAUUCAGUAUUCCAUUCCUGCCUCAUAA